AUGUCUUCAUUAAGUUGGAAUAGAGUACGUCAUCGAUCGCAUUCUUGUCGAGAAAAAACUACUCGAGCAGCACCCCGUGAAUUACAUCGUCAAGCUAUCGAACGUAUUCAGCGUCGUUUCGAACAAGAAUUAAAUAGAAGUCAACGGGAUUUACAAUGGGCAAUAAAUCAACGAAAUGAUUCUUCAUUAGCAAGAGAAUAUAUUGAAAAUCUUCGACUUAAACUUAAAAAUGAUUAUAAUCAACUUGUUCAAGAACAAGUUGAAGAAAUUGAAAAAUAUAUGAAUCAACGUUAUAAUGAAGAACGUCGAUUAUAUAAACGAAAACUUCGAAAAAAACAUAUUGAAAAUGAAAAAUUUCAUGUUGAAGCAAUUAAUCAAGUUGUUCGUGAACAAGAUACUAUUUGUGAAGAAAAAUUAGCUGCUCAAAGAAGUCUUUAUAAUCGUCUUCUUGAUGAACAAGCAGGACGUUUACGUGCUGAACAAAAUCUUCAAUCAUUUGAUUCUCUUAAUAUAGAUCAAUUAAAAGAUCGAUUAACACGUGUAGAACAUUCAAAUUAUGAAUUAAGACAAGUUAUUCAUAAAUUAAUUACUAAUCAAAAACCGAUAUAUAGAAGUGCAAUUAUGUCUAUUUCAUCGUCGUCGAUUAUUAAAAGCAAAAAAAAAGUUAAAAGUCAAUUUACAAAAUCAAAUCAAAUUGAGAAUAUUAAACCAAUUGAAGUUAAAUGUUUUCUAGAUGAAAAUAAAAUAUCUAUUGAAACUGAAAAGCAACAAGCAGAUAUUACUGCAACAAUGAUGACAAUUGUACCUCAAGUAAAACGUUUAACAAAAAAUGUUCCAUCAAAAAAACAAACUGUUACUAAAGUAACUGAUAUGAUUGUAACAAAACCAAUUCGACAUUUAGCAAUAUUACCAUCAACAAAAGAACAAAUGAAAAAAGAACUUACAAAACAUGUUACUAAUCUAUCAGAAACAUUUACAAUGUAUGAUGGUCCGACAACAACACCAAUUGUUGGUCGUUCAAUUGAUGAUACAAUCACAAUGAAUUGUCAGAUACCAAUAAAUAUCGACCUUACAACAGAUAAUACAACAAUAUCAAGUGUUUGCGAACUUGUUGAUCAAACAAAACUGCAACAGAAACCACAUUCAUUAAUUGGUCGUUAUCAAUUGUCUAAUGUAGAUACAUCAUCAAAAUCUAAUCCUUCUGUUCAUCUAGCUACUGUAUAUUAUGAUGAAAAUCAACCAACAGAAAUAACUAAUAAACAAAUUCUUAUUCAACAAUUUUAUACACAAUUAGAAAAAAUGAAAGCAACAUUUGAUACAGAACAAUCUCAUCAAAUAACUACAAAUACAUUUACUUUUGAUAAUGGUCAAGUAAGACAAACAUCAGCUAUGAAUCAAUUAAAAGAAAAGACUAUAGUAACACGUGUAUCAAGUGCAAAUAUUCAACAUAAUAAUAUGAAACCUCCAAUACCGAAAAGGCAAACAACGACAAAAAAUUCAUCUACACGAGUCCAAUCCGCACCAAUUACAAUGGCAACACAAUCAAAUAAAGAUAGAAAUUAUCAACGAACAUCAUCAUGUAAACAACGACGUAAUGAAAAAAUAUCUAUUCAAGAAAAACAAACUUUUCAUAUUAAAGAAAAACCAAAACGACAAAUAGAAAGUGCACCACCAAAUCGUAUUGAUAUUCAUGGACCUGAAGUAACAUUAUUACCAAAUGAUGAACAAGAAUGUCGACAAAUGUAUGAUAAACUUCAACGUUUACAACCCGAUGGUGUUUGUGUUGAUCUUAAUACAUUACGUCGAGCACUUUAUCCACCUGUUGGAACUACAACAUAUUCAUCAAAUCUUAAUAAUCAUGAUCAAACAUCAUCAGCAUUUAAAUCAUAUCGUCAACGUACUGAAGAAAUGCCACAAUCAUGGAUGAAAAUUGAUGAUAAAUAUGUAAGCACAUAUGUAUCAAAACAACAAAAUAAACCUCAAAUAAAAUCGGACGAAUCUAAUCUUAUAAUUGCAUCAGAUAAUACAAAUAUUGAUCGUAUUGCUGAUCAAGUUAAAAAACAUGCCGCAAUCAAUUAUAGUUAUUAUACACGAACUAAAUGA